AUGAGGAUCAUGGUGCGGACGCUGCGCGGGGACCGGGUGGCGCUGGACGUGUACGGCGCGACGACGACGGUGGCGCAGGCCAAGGGCAUGGUCAUGGCCCUGGAGCCCGUCCCGGUGGCCAUGCAGCGGCUCUUCUUCGCCGGCUGCCAUCUCGACGACGAUGGCCGCACGCUCACCGGCUACGGCGUGCAGCACGACUCCGUCCUCUUCCUCGGCCUCCGCCUCCGCGCCGCCGACACCACCCCGUGUCAGGAAGAGAUGCAAAGGUUGCAGGUGCCGGCAGGAUCGAUGGCCGUGAAGCAUGAACUGCAUCAGCAGCAGGUGCAGAUCUGCUCUCCCUCAACCAUCUCCUCCCCGUCGCUGGUCUGGGACUACCACCGGUGA